AUGUUUGGAAAUGACAUUUCAAAGGCAAAAGAUCAACAAAAGAAAAUAAUAGUGGCUGAAGAGGAAUCAAUGGCAAGGCAACAAAGUGCUUGCAAGAAGACAAAAAGAAGUCCUUUGUGCCAAUCAAUGUUAAUUAGUGAAUUUCUUGAAAAAAAUGGAAAAGAUGUUGAGAAGGAGAUGGAAAACUUAAUUGAAGAUGAGGAAAACAUUGUUUUAGAAGAACAAGAACAAGAAGAAAAUGUGGAAUGUGAGGGAGACACGGAAAAAAAUGGAACAACUAAGAAAAGAACACGGGGACCAACGCGCUGUUUAAAAAUAUAUGCAAGAGAUGUCAAAGACCGUCAAGAAGUUACUCUAGAUGACUUUGGAGAGCCAAUUGGACCUAAUGACCAAACUGUUUCUGACUUAGGCUAUUUCCUCGGAACUAUAGCAAGGAAUGCAAAUUUUUGUCCAUUGAUCUAUACAAAUUUCAAAGAGUUGCUUAAAGAUGAAACAGAUCCUAAGCAUCAUAAUUAUCAUAUUUAG